AUGGCGGGGCUAAGUGAAGGGUGGGGAAGGUUUGCGGGGAAAGAAGAAAAAAGAAAAGAGGGAGAAAGAGGAAAAAUGCCGAAAAAGAAAACGGGCGCUCGAAAAAAGGCUGAAAAGCAGCGUGAAAUUCAAAAAAAAAUCCGUGCAAAUGUGCAGAAAGAACUCGCUUUACAUCCAUGCAACUUAUUGAUGCACUGCGAUCAGUGCGAGCACGAUCAAAAGUCUCGAGCAUUUUGUUAUUUUUGUGGUGCUGUUAACAAAUCGCCAAUUUGUUGCGCUUGUGGCAAACAAAAAUGUAUGAUGAGAAGUGGUGAUUGUGUGGUCAAACACGGUGGAAAACAUACGACAGGCAUGCAAAUGGUCGGUGCAAUUUGUGAUUUUUGUGAAGCAUUUAUAUGUCAUGGUAUGAAUUGCUUAACUACGCAUGCAUGUUCAUGUCCUCUUCGCGAUGCUGAAUGUAUUGAAUGCAAACGAGGUGUUUGGGAUCAUGGAGGUCGAAUAUAUCGAUGUUCAUUUUGUAAUGUGUUUUUAUGCGAGGAUGAUCAAUUUGAGCAUCAGGCAAGUUGCCAGCAACUCGACAGUGAAAAUUAUAAAUGUAUUUCUUGUAAUCGGCUUGGACAGUACACGUGUAUGCGAUGUAAGAUUUGCUUUUGCGAUGAUCAUGUAAAAAGGAAAGGCGUAAAAUACGAUAAAAAUGUAAGGGAAAUACCAUGUCCAAAAUGCGGUUAUGCAACAAGUGAAACAAAAGAUUUCAGCGUUUCCGUUCGUCGACAUACUUUUGGUCGUCAAAUGUUGGCUGAUUAUGAUGAUUCUGAAGAUAGCGGCGAUGAUGAUAAUAGUUAUUGUUCACCAACUGACGAAGAAAGUUCUUGUGAUGAACCUACUACCAGUUAA